GGUGCGCAUAUAUACAUACGUAGUCUAUAACCAUUUGCAUAGUUGCAUUUGCUACUACUGUGUCAUCGUGUAUGUGUGUUCCAACAGAUAAAAAUGGCUGCCCGGAAAAUGUCAUCUAUGUUUUCCUCAUCUCACGCUCCUAUUUUCUUACGAUCAUCUUUAGGUCGUUACUCUGGCCGAGGGACCAGGAUCACUAAGUUUAGUACAGCUGCUGCUUUAGAGGAACCAAUAACUCCACCUGUCAAGGUUGAACAUACCAAGCUCCUCAUCAAUGGACAGUUUGUGGAUGCAGCUUCAGGAAAGACUUUUCCAACCUUGGAUCCAAGAACAGGGCAACUUAUUGCCAAUGUAGCUGAGGGAGAUGUUGAAGAUGUUAAUCGUGCAGUGUCUGCAGCACGAAAAGCAUUUGAUGAAGGCCCCUGGCCAAAAAUGACAGCUUAUGAAAGAUCUCGGAUAUUGUUGCGUUUUGCUGAUUUGGUUGAGAAGCAUGCCGAUGAUAUAACAGCUCUUGAAGUUUGGGAUAAUGGGAAGCCAUAUGAACAGGCAGCCUCAGAUGAAAUACCAUUGUUCAUUCGUCUUUUCCGGUAUUAUGCUGGUUGGGCCGAUAAAAUUCAUGGCCUUACAGUUCAGGCUGACGGGCCGCAUCAUGUUCAGACAUUGCAUGAACCGAUUGGCGUUGCAGGCCAGAUAAUACCAUGGAACUUUCCUCUUCUGAUGUAUUCUUGGAAGGUUGGGCCUGCAUUGGCAUGCGGUAACACUGUAGUGCUUAAAACUGCUGAACAGACGCCAUUAUCUGCCCUCUACGUGUCAAAGCUUUUCCAUGAGGCAGGACUUCCUCCUGGUGUGUUGAAUAUUGUGUCUGGUUAUGGUCCGAGUGCUGGUGCUGCUCUUGCUAGCCACAUGGAGGUGGAUAAGCUUGCUUUCACAGGAUCCACUGAGACUGGAAAAAUUGUUCUUGGAUUAGCUGCAAAAAGCAAUCUGAAACCAGUGUCUCUAGAACUCGGUGGUAAAUCUCCUUUCAUUGUUUGUGAGGAUGCAAAUGUUGACGAAGCUGUUGAUCUGGCACAUGCUGCUCUGUUCUACAAUCAGGGCCAAUGCUGUUGUGCUGGAUCACGUACAUUUGUGCACGAACGUGUCUAUGAUGAGUUCCUAGAGAAAGCAAAGGCUAAAGCCUUGCAACGUGUGGUUGGUGACCCUUUCAAGAAAGGUGUUGAACAAGGUCCCCAGGUUGACUCUGAUCAAUUUAAUAAGAUCUUAAAGUACAUAAGAUCAGGAGUCGACAGCGGUGCUACUCUUGAAACCGGAGGUGAAAGAUUUGGUUCCAAUGGAUACUAUAUCCAACCCACUGUUUUCUCAAAUGUCCAGGAUGACAUGCUAAUAGCAAAAGACGAAAUCUUUGGACCAGUACAGUCGAUUCUUAAAUUCAAGAAUAUCGAUGAGGUCAUCCGAAGAUCAAAUGCAUCUCCAUUCGGACUAGCUGCUGGUGUUUUUACACAAAAUCUUGACACUGCUAAUACUUUAACCCGUGCAUUGAAAGUGGGAACUGUGUGGAUCAACUGCUUUGACGUAUUUGAUGCUGCAAUUCCUUUUGGUGGCUACAAGAUGAGUGGCCAUGGUAGAGAAAAGGGAAUUUACAGCCUCAACAGCUACCUGCAAGUUAAGGCUGUCGUUACUCGUCUCAAGAAUCCAGCAUGGCUAUAGUUAUGUACUUCUUUUCUUUGUUCUUAACAUCUUUUGUGCAUUCUGAUUAUAAAUGCAUAUGGAUUCAAAGAGACAUAUUAUUGCUUGUUAUCAUUUUCAACAUAAUGAAGAUUUUCAUCUAGUUCGUGUUCAAAUAGCCAUUUUGUAAUGCUUUUUAUAGCCUAUCGUAUCACUCAAUAAAACACAAGUUCUUUACUUA